AUGCCCGAAUAUCUUUACAAGGGGCUCACUCCUUGUGACCAAUUCGACAUCAAAAAAGAAUACAACGAGAUCCACAAAGAUCUCCGUGAUGGAUGCGGAAUCGGAAAUCACGGAGACACUGUGAUAAGCUUCAAGUGGGCUAAAACCACUGUCCAGCUUCUUUGCCGCACAAGACAGUGGCUUCUUAACAAUCCGAUUGUCACUAGCGAGAACGAGCGCGCGACUAGAGAUAUUCGCCGCAACAACAAGGAUCGUUUGGAGUACAUCGUCCGCAUGGCUAGCAACCCAUAUGAUCAGAAAGAGUACGAAAAGUGUAUGCAACUUCUGCACAGCUGUCUUGCGGAGGAGCUCAUUGCCAUGCACCAUCUGGAUAUGGCGUUCCAGCUCAACGUUGAGAGUAGCAACAGUGUCGAAGUCGCCACUUCUUCUCGUCUUUGA